CCCGCGGCGGCGGCGAAGGCGGUGGCUGAGGGGUCUAAAGCGUCGGCGGGGGUGGCUCCGCGCGCGGUGGGCUUGGGGUUUUGUCCCCAGGUUCCAGUCUUGGCUGGCUGACCUUGGGUCAGAGAAACAUGGCAGCAAGACGAAUUGCCCAGGAGACUUUUGACGCUGUAUUACAAGAAAAAGCUAACCGAUAUCACAUGGACCCCAGUGGUGAAGCUGUAGGUGAAGCUCUGCAAUUUAAAGCUCAAGAUCUUAUAAGGACACUCCCAAGAGUCAGAGCAGAUAUGUAUGAUGACAUUCACAGUGACAGCAGAUACACUCUGGGAGGAUCUGUAGCUCACUCUCGAGAUGCCGGGAGAGAAAGCCUGAGAAGUGAUGUGUUUCCAGGACCUUCCUUCAGAUCAAGCAACCCUUCUGUAAGCGAAGACAACUACUAUCGCAAAGAAUGUGGCCGGGAUCUGGAAUUUUCCCACUCUGACUCCCGAGACCAGGUCUUUGGCCACCGGAAAUUGGGAUAUUUCCGUUCUCCAGACUGGAAAUUUACACUCCGUGGCUCUUGGGAACAAGACAUUGGCCACCCAGUUUCUCAAGAAUUGUCUUGGUCACAGGAGUAUAAUUUUGGUCCUUCUGCACUACUGGGAGACUUUGGGUCUUCCCGGCUUAUUGAGAAAGAGUGUUUGGAGAAAGAGAGUCGAGAUUAUGAUGUGGACCAUCCAGGGGAGGCAGACUCUGUGCUCAGGGCCAGCAGUCAAGUUCAGGGCAGAGGCCGAGGUCUAAACAUCAUUGAUCAGGAAGGUGCCCUCCUAGGAAAGGGGGAGUCUCAGGGUCUGCUCACACCUAAAGCGGGGCUCGGGAAACUUGUCACACUAAGAAAUGUGAGCACAAAAAAAAUACCCACUGUAAAUCGUAUUACACCCAAAACUCAGGGCACUAACCAAAUCCAGAAAACCACCCCAAGUUCUGAUGUGACCCUAGGGACAAACCCAGGAACAGAAGAUAUCCAAUAUCCCACUCAGAAGAUCCCUCUGGGGCUCAAUCUGAAAGAUGUUCGGCUCCCAAGAAGAAAGAUGAGCUUUGACCUCAUAGAUAAGUCUGAUGUUUUUUCAAGAUUUGGGAUAGAAAUAAUCAAAUGGGCAGGAUUCCACACUAUAAAAGAUGAUGUUAAAUUUUCCCAGCUUUUCCAAACUCUCUUUGAACUUGAAACUGAAACCUGUGCUAAAAUGCUUGCCUCAUUUAAAUGUUCCUUAAAACCAGAGCACAGAGAUUUUUGCUUUUUUACUAUCAAAUUUUUAAAGCACUCUGCUUUGAAAACACCUAGAGUUGAUAAUGAGUUUUUAAACAUGCUCUUAGACAAAGGUGCUGUGAAGACCAAAAAUUGCUUUUUUGAAAUCAUAAAGCCCUUUGACAAGUACAUAAUGAGGCUUCAAGACCGACUUCUAAAGAGUGUCACGCCCCUGCUCAUGGCCUGCAAUGCCUAUGAACUGAGUAUCAAAAUGAAGACCCUGAGUAACCCUCUGGACUUGGCUGUUGCCCUGGAGACCACCAAUUCUCUGUGCCGGAAGUCUUUGGCUCUUUUGGGACAGACAUUCUCCUUGGCCUCUUCUUUCCGGCAAGAGAAAAUCUUAGAAGCCGUUGGCCUCCAGGAUAUAGCUCCCUCUCCUGCUGCAUUUCCAAACUUUGAGGACUCCACUCUGUUUGGGAGAGAGUACAUAGAUCACCUGAAGGCCUGGCUGGUCAGCAGUGGGUGUCCACUUCAGGUCAAGAAAACUGAAACUGAGCCAACUCAAGAUGAGAAAACCGUUUCUCCUACCCAACCUGAAAUUCAGGCCAAGGCUCUGAGUGGUCUGAGUGAUGCUAUCCCCCAGCGAGCAGACCAUAAGAUGGUGGACACCAUCGACCAGCUGGUCACUCGUGUCAUUGGAGGCAGUCUGUCUCCUAAAGAGAGAGCUCAUCUCAAGGAGGACCCUGCUUACUGGUUUUUGUCUGAUGACAGUAGUCUGGAGUAUAAAUAUUACAAGCUGAAAUUGGCAGAAGCACAGCGGAUAAGCCAAACCUCACCAGGAAUGGGUCAGAAGCCAGUGGCAGCAGAAUGUGCAGUCCGGGCUAUGCUGUAUGCCCGGGCAGUCCAGAGCCUCAAGAGGAGGCUCCUUCCAGGACGGCGGCGGAGGCUACUCCGAGCUCAAGGUCUCCAGGGGUGGAAGAUGAGAAGAGCAACCACUGGGACCCAGACCCUCCUUUCCUCAGGCACCAGGCUGAAACACCACACUCGGCAAGCUCCAGGCUCUUCACAGGAAAAGCCAGCCGCUUUCCAGCCAGAUGGAAAUGAUGCUGCCAAGGACUGCCUGCCAGACCCAGCUGGGCCCUCUCCUCAGGACCUCAGCUCAGAAGCUGCAGGCCCAUCUCCCGAGCCAGCAGAAGUAGAUGUAUCCAGAGCCCCUCAGAGCUCUUCUCCCUGCCUGUCUGCUGAUGUUGACACAAAGACCAUGGAGACUGCAGAGAAACUGGCCAAAUUUGUUGCUCAGGUGGGACCAGAGAUUGAACAAUUCAGCAUAGAAAACAGCAUCGACAACCCUGACCUGUGGUUUCUACAUGACCAAAACAGCUCAGCUUUCAAAUUCUAUCGAAAGAAGUUAUUUGAACUGUGCCCAUCGAUUUGUUUUACAUCAUCUCCACUGAACCUGCACGCUGGUGAGAGUUCCUUAGAACCCAUGGAAGAGGAAGAAGAGUUUGCAGAUGAGCCUCCUCAGCAGGAGAUUGAGCUGGAAAGCCUAGAGGUGAUGCCUGAGGAGGAGGAGGAAGAGGAAGAUGAGGAGGAGGAGGAGGGGGGCGAGGAGGCCCCCACUCCUGAAGGUUCUUCCAGGGCUAUAGGAGAGGCUGCCAAGUCUGAGGGCUCUGAGGGCAGCCCCCCCACUGAUGGUCUUCCAAGCGAGGCAGCCGAGGAUGGCCCAGCUGGUACCUCUGCCCUAUCACAGUCCUCUUCGGGGUCCUGCUUUCCUCGGAAGAGAGUCAGCAGCAAGUCAUUGAAGGUUGGCAUGAUUCCAGCUCCCAAGAGGCUGUGUCUCAUUCAAGAGCCCAAAGUUCACGAACCAGUUCGCAUUGCCUACGACAGGCCUCGGGGUCGUCCCAUGUCCAAAAAGAAGAAACCCAAGGACUUUGACUUUGCCCAGCAAAAGCUGACCGACAAGAACCUGGGGUUCCAGAUGCUGCAGAAGAUGGGCUGGAAGGAAGGCCAUGGCCUGGGCUCCUGUGGAAAGGGCAUCAGGGAGCCUGUUGGCAUGGGAACGGCCUCGGAAGGGGAGGGGUUGGGUGCCGACGGGCAGGAGCACAAGGAAGACACGUUUGAAGUCUUCCGUCAGAGGAUGAUGCAGAUGUACAGACACAAACGGGCCAACAAAUAGGCCCCAGUUUGCAGGCUGCCAUGAGUCCCUCCAGCAUCUCCCUGACAGUCUCUCAGUAGCUUCUGUCCAUCUAUCAGUUGGUUCACUCAUUCAUUCACUGGAUGACCUCCCUGAGAGGGGAGAGGGUCAGCCCUGUACACACAAGAUGCUGUUCCCAGGAGAAGGAACAGACCUUCAGGUGAGCAGAGCCAGGACCCACAGCCAAGCCUUCAUCCUUGAACUAUACACAUCUCAGCUGCUUUUGACCAAGACAUUCACCCUUCAGACGCAUCCUGCUUGAAAUCAUCAUCAAUCAGGCCUGAAGAGGACUCCUGAGGCCCCUGCUGAGUCCUAGUCCUGCUCUCUCCCCUUCUCUCUGUGAAAUGGAUCAUGGGUAAGGAACAUCUUGCACUCAGCAAACAGUCAAAGGCCACACUGGGUUUACAAAAAGCAAUAUUCACAUUAAGAGUGAAAAAGAAGGGACUUCUCUGAGUGACAAUGGGGUCCACAUUGGGAGAGUCCCAGGGGUCAGGACUCAGUUGCAAUGGUACAGUGGGUACCAGGCAUUUGGGAACAGCUCAGGGCACAGCAUAGGCAGAGCACAUGGCUGCAGGCCCAGCGCAGGGAGGCCAGCUUCGAAAGGCUGCAUUCAUCUUCCCAGGAAAGGCAUGAUUCUCUUUCCCUUCAGCCCUCCCUACCCGACGCCCCCUCCUCCGCCCCAGUUUCUUGUUUACCCAUUCAGGGUCAUGAUUUAUUUUCAGAUGAGAACAUCGCCCUCCUCACUCUCUGUAGCAACCCAUACUCUGGCCACACUGGGAGAAGGGAGGCCAGAAUGAACCCAGCCUAACUGAGAGAAGCCAGGUCUCUGGGGAAGGUUCUCAGUCAGGUCUGGCUUUUGACCUUCUAUUCAUCCUCAUGGACAUCAAUUAGGAGUGCAGGUGGCUGGAAUUUUCCGAUUUCUCCAUACUCCUGAUGAACAAGGAGACUGAUGUGCUGUUACAGCACUGUCUGUGGUGGACAUGAACAGUGUCAUUUGAGAGUUGGCCUGGGUGAGCCAGGCAUGGUUCAGAGUGGGUUAUGAAGUGUCUAAAAACAAACACUCCUUCAGAUCAUGCAGACUAAUGAGGAUGCAUUCAUUUUCAUUUUAAAAAAAUUAUUAUUUAUCUUAAGAGAGAGGGAAGGAAAGGGAGAAAGGGAGAGAAACAUCAAUGUGUGAUUGCCUCUCAUGUGGCCCCCAACAGGGGACCUGGCCUGCAACCCCAACUGAUAGGCACAUGACCCAACUGGGAAUUGAACCGACAACCCUUUGGUUCUCAGGCUGGCACUCAAUCUGCUGAGCCACACCAGCCAGGGCCAUUUUCAUUUUUAAAACUGUUUAUUGUUUAUUAGAUUUUAUGAAGUUGAGUUGACUGUCAGCUCCCACCUUCAAUUUGCCAAACUCCUAUUCAUCCUUCAAAAUCCAACACACACACUCCCUCCUUCAUUCACACAUUCACACAAAUGCUACUCUUUCCACUCUCUGUACUGUAAGUGAGAGAGGAAUCUGCCGGUACCAUGGUCAUCUGUUUAUAACUCUUUCCCCCUCUAGACUCUGCUCUUGCACGCAGCUCAGUGCCUGGUACACAGUGGGUACUCAGUACAUGUGUAGGUCUGGAGAGCAUUUUUAAAAACAGCUUUAUUAAGCUAUAACUCACAUACCAUUCAUUAUACCUAAAGUACAAAGUUUAAUGUUCUUUUAAGAGAUUUACAGUUAUAUGCAAUUAUCACCACAGUUCAUUUUAAACACUUUAAUCACCCCCCAAAAUAAACCCAUUUUCCAUUAGCAAUCACUUCCACUUCCCCUCUCCCCACCCCUGGCAACCACUAACCUUCUUUCUGUCUCUAUGGAUUUUCUUGUUCUGGACCUUUCAUAUAGAUGGAAUCACACACCAUGUUGGCUUUUAUUUAGCAUCAUGUUUUCGAGGGUCAUCCAUGUUGUAGCAUGCAUCAGUGCUUCAUUCCUUUUAUGGAUGAAUAAUAUUCCAUUGUGUGGAUGGACCACAUUUUGUUUGUCCUUCAUCCAUUGAUGGGUACUUGGGUUGUUUCCACCUUUUGGUGAUUAUGAAUUGUGCUGAUUGUGCUGCCCUGAACACACAUGUUCAAUGUUUAUGUGGAUGUAUGUUUCACUUCCCCUGGAUACAUACUGAAGACUGUCAGUAAAUAUUUAGUGAGUUUUUUUUACAAUUUUUAAAAAGAUUUUAUUUAUUUAUUUUUAGAGAGAGGAAGGGAGGGAAAAAGAGAGAGAGAAACAGCGAUGUGUGAGAGAUUCAUCAAUCCAUUGCCUCUUACAUACCCCCAACUGGGGACCUGGCCUGCAACCCAGGCAUGUGCCCUGAAUGGGAAUUGAACCGGCAACCUUUCAGUUUCCAGACCAGCACUCGAUUGACUGAGCCGUAUCAGCCAGGGCUAAUGGUUAUUUUGAACCCUGUUUAAUAGUCACCUGGAUUAGGUAGACCAGAGGUCCACUGCCACAGGCUUUCAAAUCAGAAAUGUAGGUUGGAGUCUGCCCCCAAUGACAUCUGUGAAGGAGGCCACCAAGGCCCUAGUUUACUCUGAUUUCCUCCAUGGGACUGAAGGUUCCACAAGGAGAUAAAGCCCUUUUAUUGUCAGCUUCUGUAGUCACUUUCUCUCACUUGGGUCUCUCCAAAGUGAAAUUUUUGUCCAUCAGGCCAGCUGGUCCACCUCUCAGGCUUUUCGAGUCAAAGGAUGGUACUGUCCAUGGGGCCAGCAACACUCAGGUCUGUGACCUGAAUCAGGCCAUAGGGGUUUGGGGUGGCUAAUCUUGCAGGUCCCUGCCCUGGGUUAAUUUUGGUCAAGGGUGGCAGGGUAGGUCAGCACCUUGGAGCGGUCUCUGCCCAGAACUGUGAAACCUGAGGAAUCCAAAGUGUUUCUGGCCUGUGCAUGUCUUGGACAGUGUCUGAGGCUGAGAGUUUGGCCUGGGUCCCACUGAGAAAGACCAAGGUAAGUGGCUGAGGUUCUGCGGCUGGAUACUCUCCGUUUGUCCAGGAAAAUCUUGUCUCUGACAAGCAAGCCCUGCCUGCCACCAUGCUGGGCAUCUAAGUGCCUGUAGCAGUCCAGGCUCUCCAGAGAAAUAGAAUUAACAGGAUAUACUGCAUAUAUGUACAUUAUAUACAGUGUAAGAGACUUGUUUUACAGAAUCGACUCGUGAUUGUGGGGUAGUAAGUCUGAAAUUUAUGUUCAGCACACUGGAACUCAGGGAGGGUUUCUAUGUUGCAGUCUUGAGGAGAGUUUCUUUUUUCCCAAGAAACCUGUUUUUGCUCUUAAGGCCUUCAACUGAUUAGGUGAAGCCCACCCAGGGCAUCAAGAAUAACUUCCUUUCCUUAAGGUCAACUUAUUGGAGAUGUUAACCACAUCUAAAAAGCAACAUCUAGAACAGCAUUUGGCCAAAGAACUGGGCACCAUUGCCUGACCAAGUUGACACUAAAUUUUAACCAUGAGUAUGCUUCCCUGUCCGCACCCCUACAAACCCACUUGCUAAAAUGCCAAAUCCUCUGAGAAUUUUCCGUGGCACGCCCACUACAAAGGAGAGAACACAGAGACAUGUUGACUGGCAGCAUCUGGGCAGAGGGAGCCAGAAGGGGAGCGAGCUGGGCAGGCAUGAGGGGUACCUAUGGGAGGACAGUGGAGUUGUCAACAAGUGCAAGAGCUCCAAGGACAGCCAAAGAAUUUGACUUUGCUACAAGGGGAUAGGAAGCGAUAGUAGGUGUUGGAGUAGGAGAGGAGUAUGGUUAGGUACACCAACCACUGCAAGACUUGUCAUUGGCUGUUAUGGCUCUGUCAGCAGCUCCAGGUGAAGGGCAGUGGAAAUCAGAGCCCAGUCCAGUCCAGAAAUAGCAGGGUCCAAGCUAACAGUUGUUCCACAAUCUUCACAGAGGUUGCCCCCACUUGACAAAAAUAGUAUUUGUUGUUUUCCAUUAUUUUCAACAUGUGGUCUUAAUCCUCAGCAUUGCAGGUCUUUUUACCCUUUUCAUUAAAGUUUUCAUUUUGAAAUAAUUCUAUAUUUGCAUGAAAUUGUAAAAAAUAAGAGAAUUGAAAGCAUAUAUUCAUACAAAAACGUGUACAUAAAUACAAAAUAGUCAAAAGUGGAAAUAAUCCAUAGUUCUACCAACUGAUAAAUGAAUGAAUAAAAUA